AUGGAUCGCACUCGGCCGUUUUACGAGCUCUCUCUGCCGGUCACAGAGAAAUGCAAUCCCAUCAGCAGAGAUAUCGACAGAGCAGACGCCAAACACAUGCUGCAAAUCCUGAAAACAUGUGAUGCUGAGAUCUUUAAGAAUGACGAUCAGGGUUUGCAAAUGCUGACUUGUGUGUUUUUUGACAAGGGAAUAUACAGUUCACCCAUCAUCCACACUAUGGUGGAUGUUGCCAAGAAGGUUGAAAUGAUGCUGAGGGAGCCAGACGAGAGUUUGAUUGUAUUAAGUGGCUGCGGAACGUCAGGUCGCAUUGCAUUUCUAUUGGCGACGUCCUUUAAUCAGAUGUUGACUGACCAGCAGCACACACAGAUCUAUUCCUACAUCAUAGCGGGAGGUGACAGGGCCCUGCUCACAUCACAGGAGGCUCCAGAGGACAGACCGCUGCUGGGAGCUCGCAUGCUGGAUGAGGUUUGCGCAGGAAAGAAGCGUGUUCUGUUUAUGGGAAUAUCCUGUGGCAUGUCGGCACCGUUUGUUGCUGGGCAACUGGAUCUUUGUCUGAAGCAUUUAGACGUUUUUACCCCAGUGCUUCUGGGAUUUAAUCCUGUACAUAUGGCGAGGAAUGAGCCAAUGCAGGACUGUUCAUUUCAUUUUAAAGAGGUUGCAGAGAGGAUGGCCACAGAACAGGAACAAGGCAAAGCCUUCAUUAUAAAUCCUAUAGUGGGGCCCGAAGCCAUCAGUGGAUCUUCCAGGAUGAAAGGAGGCAGCGCUACCAAAAUAAUUCUGGAAGCUGUUCUUCUGGCUGGACACGAAGCCAUCUUCAGAGAAAAGACAAUAUCACCAGAAUGCCUGUCCUCCUGGAUCACAGCGAGCGAGAGGAUUUAUGAAAACACCUACUCACACGCUGAUGAACUCACGGCUCUUGUUCAGAAAGCUGGAGAGAGUCUUGGGAAGAAUGGACAUGUGUAUUAUCUUGGCUGGCGAACUCUUGGCAUUAUUGGCAUGAUUGAUGCCAGUGAAUGUAUGCCAACAUUUGGAGCAGAUUUUGGUGACGUCAGGGGUUUUAUCAACAAUGGUUUCAAAGAAAUGACAAAUAAAGAGGGAGAUCUGUCAUCUAUGGGGCCAGAGUUUGUUAUUGGUCACCAGGAUUUUGUGGACACCGUCUUACCCGUCCUAAAUCAAAAUGACAUGAUCGUAUUCUUGUUUACAGUGAAAGAUGACCUUCAUGAGAUGACAGCGCUGGCCAAUCAGGUGAAGCGAAAGACGUCGAAUCUGCAUGCUGUCGCUCAUGACCUUGAGACGCUUCACAUUCCUGUGAGUAAAACGAGAAGAGCACGUCUAGCCCGAAGAAUGCACAUGUUUCAGAAAAGAAUGUGCGACGUGUUUGAGACGGUCCUGAAGAUGACAUGGUCUUUUUCCUCAGAUGAUGAGAUCGCAGUGAUGAAAUGGGAGCUUUCAACCAAAUGCUGUCUGAAUGCACUCAGCACUGGAGCUCAUGUACUGAAGGGAAAAGUCUACAUGAAUUUCAUGAUAGACCUCCGAGUGACGAACAGUAAACUGUACAGAAGAGCCGUCAACAUUUUACAGCGCUUCACAGGCCGCUCCAAACCCGAGUGUGAAAGUGCUCUGCUGAGAGCGAUCUACAGCACAGAUGACGUGAGUGAGGAGAUGACCUCAGCAGACGUCAGGACACACACCGAGCUGGCCAACAGACGGGAUCGAGUGGUCCCGGCCGCUCUGGUGAUGAUACACCGAGGCUGCAGUCUCACUGAAGCGAAGCAUCAUUUAGAUUCUCACGCUGUGAUUCGGGACGCUGUGACGUCCUGCGUCCUCUCCCCUGUGAACACUGCAGACAUGAAAUAACCCGUUUUCAUUGCCACAACGAAGUCAUGGUUUUAAAACACAAUGCUGUAAUUGUCUUAAAACUCAAUUCUGUGCAACUCAUUAUUGGUGUGGGCGAUAAAAAAGCUUUGCACGCUAUGAGCUUUUGACAGAGGUU